AUGCUGCCUGGCCAUGAAGUUCACGCACCCGCGGCCAAGGACAAACGGAGCCCUACCCAGCGAUGGCAAGAAAACCUAAGCUGCAUGCAUGCGGAUUUGAUUUGCCUGUUGCUUUGCUUUCUUACCGGAUUGUGCGAUAGCAGUGCCUACAAUGCUUGGUCAUGCUUCUUGGGUAUGCAAACAGGAAAUACGGUGUUUCUGGGUCUAGGUGUCUCAAAUCAGCCAAGCAACAAGCCUUGGGGCUGGUUAAAGUCACUUGUCUCGAUCUGCUCUUUCUUUGUCGGGGCUAUUAUUUUUGCGACCACGAUGCGCAAAAUCGGCGCCUUGCGCCGAGGAACCCUGUUUAUGUCGUUCCUGGUGCAAUCUAUUCUCAUUAUCAUUGCCGCGGCGCUGAUCCAGGCUGAUCUUAUUCCACACACAUCUGCGGAUGCUUCCCUCGCCGGGGGCCGGCUGUUUCUGGAGUUGAUCCCUGUCGCAUUGUUGGCUUUCCAGUCGGCAGGCGGAAUGGCCUGUAGUCGCGCUCUGGGUUAUAAUGAAAUCCCAACAGUUGUCCUGACAAGUGUUUAUUUUGAUAUUGCUUCUGAUGUCAAAAUAACUCAGAAACUUACCACCAAUGCCAAGCGGAACCGCCGAAUCGGCGGGGUUGUGUCUUUGCUGAUAGGAGCGAUUGUCGGAGGCUGGCUCAGCCGAUCAAGUGGCGGCAUGACAUCUGCAUUAUGGAUGGCAGCUGGCUUUAAACUCAUUGCUGCGUUUGGUUGGCUGUUCUGGAAGGCUGCCACCCCUUCAUGA